UAUAAAGGCAGCCUGGAGCCCACGGCUGCUGCUACAGUGUGACAAAAGUUAGCCGACACAAUGGGUAAGAUCAUUUUCUACGAGGACAGGAACUUCGAUGGUCGCUCUUAUGAGUGCAGCAGCGAGUGCGCUGACCUACAUUCCCACUUUAGUCGCUGCAACUCCAUCAGAGUGGACAGUGGUAACUGGAUGGUCUAUGAGAGACCCAACUACAUGGGCUACCAGUACUUCCUGAGGAAGGGCGAAUAUCCAGACUACCAGCGCUGGAUGGGAUUCAACGACUGCGUGAGAUCCUGCCGUAUGAUCCCUAUGCACCAAGGCACUCACAGACUGAUGAUCUACGAGCGCCCAGAACUUGGAGGACAGAUGAUGGAGCUGACAGAUGACUGCCCCUCCCUGUAUGAACGCUUCCAUUUCAAUGACAUCUACUCCUGCAACGUAAUGGAUGGCUACUGGAUCUUCUACGAGCAUCCUCACUACAGGGGACGGCAGUACCUGAUACAUCCUGGUGAAUACAGGAGGUUUCAUGAGUGGGGAGGCAUGAGUCCCAGGGUUGGAUCCAUCAGACGCAUCAUUAUGUGAGAAUGCCGAUGUGAGAUAUUUCAUGUGAAAUAUUUUAAAAAGUACUACCAAUAAACCAAACAAAAGACCA